AGGAGUGAGAGUGCUGAGCCUGGGCUGAGCACACCAUGGGGGCAAACACCUCCAGCAAGUCACCACCCUUUGAUGGGAAUGAGGAAGUUACCUUCGACCAUUUUGAGAUUUUGCGAGCUAUUGGGAAGGGCAGCUUUGGAAAAGUCUGCGUGGUGCAAAAGACUGACACCAAGAAGAUGUACGCCAUGAAAUACGUGAACAAACAGAAGUGUGUGGAGCGUAAUGAAGUGAGAAAUGUUUUCAAGGAGCUGCAGAUUAUGCAGGGCCUGGAACACCCUUUCUUGGUUAAUUUAUGGUACUCAUUCCAGGAUGAAGAGGAUAUGUUCAUGGUGGUCGACCUGCUGCUCGGAGGGGACCUGCGCUACCACCUCCAACAGAAUGUGCGGUUCCAGGAGGGAACUGUGAAACUCUUCAUCUGUGAGCUGGUGCUGGCCCUUGACUACUUGCAGAGCAGGCACAUCAUCCACAGAGAUAUCAAGCCUGACAACAUUUUGCUGGAUGAGCACGGACACGUGCACAUCACUGAUUUCAAUAUUGCCACGAUGCUGACGAAGGACAGCCCUGUCACCACCAUCGCUGGCACGAAGCCCUACAUGGCGCCUGAAAUGUUCAGCUCCACAAAACCCACCAGCUACUCCUUUGCCGUGGACUGGUGGUCGCUGGGAGUCACUGCCUACGAGCUGCUCAGAACUCGGAGGCCGUACCACAUUCGGUCCAACACUUCCUCGAGUGAGAUGGCUCACGUGUUCAGGACAGCUGCGGUGGCGUACCCGGCCGCCUGGUGCCCGGACAUGGUGGCGCUGAUCAGGAAGUUGCUCGAGCUGAACCCCAAGAAACGUUUUUCUCAGCUGAAGGACAUCCAGUCCUUCCCGUACCUGUCUGAUGUGAACUGGGAUGCUGUUCUCCAGAAAAGAAUAAUGCCAGAAUUCAUUCCCAUGAAAGGCAGACUGAACUGUGACCCAACCUUUGAACUGGAAGAAAUGAUCCUGGAAUCCAAACCUCUUCACAAAAAAAAAAAGCGCUUGGCUAAGAAGGAGAAAGACACAAGCAAAAGCAAUUCAUCCCAGGUCAGCCACCUCCAGAAGCACCUGGAAAUGCUCCAGAGGGACUUCAUUGUUUUCAACAGAGAAAAGGUAAGACCCCACCAUGACAGCAUCCAAGAGACCAUGACAAAAAGUGGAGGCCCACACAAGGAGGACAAUCAGAACAACAACCUCUGA